AUGCAGGACUUCUGGGGAGAUAUAGUCAAUCAAAGAACCAGAGGAUCCACUAUUUUCUCGGGUAACGAUGAGGAGGCAGUUGUAGAUUUGGGAAAGACCAGCUCUACUAUCCAUACAAACUUUGAGAAAGAGGAGCUAGAAAGUCACAGAGCCGUGUACGUGGGCGUCCACGUACCGUUAGGAAGACAGAGCAGACGGAGGCAUCGGCACCGUGGUCACAAACACCACCGUAAGAGAAGAGACCGAGUCUCUGACCGGGAAGAUGGCAGAGAGUCUCCAACAUAUGACACCCCGUCCCAGAGGGUCCAGUUCAUCCUGGGCACCGAGGACGACGACGAGGAGCACAUCCCUCACGACCUGUUCACCGAACUGGAUGAGCUGGCCUUCCGCGAAGGGAACGCCUACGAAUGGAAAGAGAUGGCCAGGUGGCUGAAGUUCGAGGAGGACGUGGAAGACGGCGGCGAGCGUUGGAGUAAACCUUACGUGGCCACCCUGUCCCUGCACAGUCUGUUUGAACUGCGCAGCUGCAUUCUCAAUGGUACAGUCAUGCUGGACAUGAGAGCAAGUACCAUCGAGGAAAUCGCUGACAUGGUUAUAGAUAGCAUGGUGGCAUCGAAGCAGCUGAGUGAGGAACUGAGGGACAAAGUGCGAGAGGCCAUGCUAAAGAGACACCACCACCAAAACGAGAAGAAACUCAGCAACCGCAUCCCACUGGUCCGCUCUUUCGCCGACAUAGGCAAGAAACAUUCUGACCCACACUUACUUGAGAAAAACGGGGAGGGUCUCUCUGCAUCCCGUCUGUCUCUCCUACGUCGCACCUCCAUCUCCACGUCCACCCCGCCCCACUCCCGCCGUCCCUCCAGGGAGUCGCAAGGCUCCCGCACCUCCGUCAUCCUCAACUACCUCCUUCCCAGCCCCAGCGUAUCCCCCUCCGCCUCCCCUAUGGCCACACCAACCGCCACGCCCCAGAACACGCCCCCAGCCUCCCGCCGCUCCCUCCCCCCUCUCGCUUCCCCUCCGCUGCCCGGCCCAGAGCUGCUGGUGGCGAAGGGAGAAAGAGAGGACAUUCCAGAGGUGGUGGUGUUCCCGCCAGAGGAAGAGGACCCUCAGUCGCGCCUCAGCGCGACCCAAGACGAGCAGGCAACGCCCGGGCAGGUGCCCGGUCAAACCCUGCUCCUGCCCCCUUCCUCCUCAGCAGGUCAUUUGGCAUCACCCCAGUCGGCCCCGGGAAAUCUGGAGAACAGCAAACCCAGUGAAAGUCGUAUCAGCGGGGCUGGUGGCAGCCGGGAGAACAGCACAGUGGAUUUCAGCAAGGACUGCAACCCUUCUUUUCACUGUAGUUGUGGUUCCCUGGGAGGGGGUACCAGGAGGCCUGCUGUGGACAUGAACUUUAUGAAGAAAAUUCCUCCUGGUGCAGAGGCCUCUAAUGUCUUAGUGGGGGAGGUGGACUUCCUGGAGAGGCCCAUCGUCGCCUUCGUCCGCCUGUCUCCAGCUGUUCUCCUCACGGGGCUGACUGAAGUGCCUGUUCCUACCAGGUUUCUAUUUCUGCUGCUGGGGCCAUUUGGGAAAGGACCUCAGUACCAUGAGAUUGGCAGGUCCAUUGCCACUCUCAUGACUGACGAGAUUUUCCACGAUGUAGCAUACAAAGCCAAAGACAGAAAUGACCUGCUCUCUGGAAUAGACGAGUUUCUGGAUCAGGUCACCGUACUGCCACCCGGCGAGUGGGACCCCACGAUACGAAUCGAGCCCCCGAAGAGUGUCCCUUCUCAGGAGAAGAGAAAGAUGCCUUCCAUGCCUAACGGCUCUGCUCCCACAUCGGAGACCACUAAAGACGAAGACCAUCAUGCAGGACCUGAGCUACAGAGAACAGGAAGGAUAUUUGGGGGUCUGAUUCUGGAUGUGAAGAGAAAGGCUCCAUUCUACUGGAGUGAUGUGCGUGAUGCACUGAGCCUACAGUGUCUGGCCUCCAUUCUCUUUCUCUACUGUGCCUGCAUGUCUCCUGUCAUCACCUUUGGAGGCCUGCUGGGAGAGGCCACCAAGAACAACAUUAGUGCCAUAGAAUCUCUUUUCGGAGCCUCCCUCACUGGUGUGGCAUACUCUUUGUUUGCUGGUCAGCCACUCACUAUCUUGGGAAGUACUGGUCCUGUCCUGGUAUUUGAGAAGAUUCUGUUCAAAUUUUGCAGCGACUACGACUUGUCUUACCUUCCCCUGCGCACAAGCAUCGGACUGUGGACAGCUUUUCUCUGCCUCGUGCUGGUUGCCACGGACGCCAGCUCGCUGGUCUGCUACAUCACCCGUUUCACCGAAGAGGCCUUCGCUGCUCUCAUAUGUAUCAUUUUCAUCUACGAAGCCCUGGAAAAGCUUUUCCACCUGGGAGAGAUAUUCCCCAUUAACAUGCACAAUGACUUAGACAACCUCACUUUCUACACGUGUCAGUGCUCACCGCCUGCCAAUGCUACCGCUGAAAUCUUACAGAAAUGGAAUCAAACGGGGUUUACACCUGAUUCAAUCAAUUGGAGAGACCUGGAUGUGCCUAUGUGUCUGAAACUUGAUGGCAAGUUGGAGGGCCCAGCAUGUGUAGACAACAGACCCUAUAUCCCUGACGUCCUCUUCUGGUCCGUCAUCCUGUUCUUCACCACCUUCUUCCUGUCCUCUUUCCUCAAACAGUUUAAAACCAAACGGUAUUUCCCCACUAAGGUGCGCUCCACUAUCAGUGACUUUGCCGUCUUUCUGACCAUAAUGAUUAUGGUCCUGGUGGAUUAUCUGGUUGGCAUUGCCUCUCCUAAACUCAACGUCCCUGACACCUUUGAGCCCACUUCUAAGAACCGCGGUUGGCUGAUCUCCCCGCUGGGCAAUAACCCGACCUGGACCCUGCUGGCAGCAGCUAUUCCAGCUCUCCUCUGCACCAUUCUCAUCUUCAUGGACCAGCAGAUCACUGCUGUCAUCAUCAACCGCAAAGAACACAAACUCAAGAAAGGCUGUGGGUAUCACCUGGACUUAAUGGUGGUGGCGGUUAUGUUAGGAGUAUGUUCAAUAAUGGGACUGCCCUGGUUUGUAGCCGCCACCGUGCUCUCCAUCUCCCACGUCAACAGCCUGAAGGUGGAGUCUGAGUGCUCCGCCCCCGGGGAGCAGCCCAAAUUCUUAGGGAUCCGAGAGCAGAGAGUCACUGGCUUCAUGAUCUUCAUCCUCAUGGGUCUCUCAGUCUUUAUGACCUCUGUGCUCAAGUUUAUCCCCAUGCCAGUACUGUAUGGAGUAUUCCUCUAUAUGGGUGUGUCCUCACUCAAAGGCAUACAGUUCUUUGACCGCAUCAAGCUGUUUGGCAUGCCUGCUAAGCACCAGCCAGACCUGAUCUACCUUCGUUACGUUCCUCUGUGGAAGGUUCACGUCUUCACCAUUGUCCAACUUACAUGCUUGGUCUUACUGUGGGUCAUCAAAGCUUCUGCAGCUGCUGUGGUCUUCCCCAUGAUGGUUCUUGCUUUGGUGUUUGUGCGAAAGCUUUUGGACUUCUGCUUCACCAAGAGAGAACUCAGCUGGCUAGAUGAUUUAAUGCCAGAAAGUAAGAAGAAGAAGGAGGAUGACAAGAAAAAGAAAGAAAAAGAGGAGGCACAGCGCAUGUUGGAGGCUGACCAACAUAUGGAGAUUCCAUAUGAUAACAGGAAUAUCCUCAACAUCCCUGUCAAAGGCCUCAGUUCUGAUCCCUCUGUGGUAAAUAUUUCUGAUGAAAUGGCCAAAACUGCUGUGUGGAAAGCUGUGGCCAUGAACUCUGACAGUGCCCGAGCACUGAGACAUAACACAAGCGAGGAGACACCGACGUGCAUUAAGAUUAGCGUAGAAGAUGAACAAGGAGAGAAGCUUUUGGAUGCCGAGACGUCCUUGUGAAAAGAGGGACUUCAUUCGGGGGCGCUCGUAUAGUUACCUUGCACAAACUGGCCCUUUUAAAGUCCUCCCAUCCAGCUGAGGUCGCUCUCUCUCUCUCUCUCUGUGUCCAGCUGCCCUGCCAGAGUCAUGCCAAAGCCCAAGGGACAUACUGCAGGGACAGAUGAGUGAUGGGCACUGUAUACAUGUGCUUGAAUUUUUAUUUUGUUAGGAUGUAAACAAAUUGCCUUUUUUUACCGUUUGGUUUUCAUUUAAAAAAUUUUUUUUAUUUGAAUCUAAGAUUCAUUCAUUUCAUAAAGUUUCUCGACUGGUUUCAUAAAAAGGUUUUUUACAGAAAC